CCUGGUGCGUCACUCGCGAAGUGGAUUUUUCCCCGACAAGCAAUAUGGCUCGGAAGCGCGCGGCCGGCGGGGAGCUGCGGGGACGCGAAACGCGCAGCCAGAAGUCCAAGGCCAAGAGCAAGACCCGGCGUGAGGAGGAGGAGGAUGCCUUUGAAGAUGAGAAACCCCCAAAGAAGAGCCUUGUCUCCAGAGUUUCACAAGGAAAGAGGAAGAGAGGCUGCAGUGAUCCUGGGGGUUCAGCAGGUGGUCCAGCAAAAAAGAAAGUGGCCAAGGUGACUGUUAAAUCUGAAAACCUCAAGGUUAUAAAGGAUGAAGCCCUCAGCGAUGGGGAUGACUUCAGGGACUUUCCAAGUGACCUCAAGAAGGCACACCAUCCGAAGAAAGGGGCUACCAUGAAUGAAGACAGCAACGAAGAAGAGGAAGAAAGUGAAGAUGACUGGGAAGAGGUUGAAGAACUUAGUGAGCCUGUGCUGGGUGACGUGAGAGAAAGUACAGCCUUCUCUCAAUCUCUUCUGCCUGUGAAGCCAGUGGAGAUAGAGAUUGAAACGCCAGAGCAGGCGAAGACAAGAGAAAGAAGUGAAAAGAUAAAACUGGAGUUUGAGACAUAUCUUCGGAGGGCGAUGAAACGUUUCAAUAAAGAGGUCCACGAGGACACACACAAGGUUCACCUUCUCUGCCUGCUAGCAAAUGGCUUCUAUCGGAAUAACAUCUGCAGCCAACCAGAUCUGCGUGCUAUUGGCCUUUCCAUCAUCCCAGCCCACUUUACCAGAGUGCUGCCUCGAGAUGUGGACACCUACUACCUCUCAAACCUGGUGAAGUGGUUCAUUGGAACAUUUACAGUUAAUGCAGAGCUUUCAGCCAGUGAACAAGAUAACCUGCAGACUACAUUGGAAAGGAGAUUUGCUAUUUACUCUGCUCGAGAUGAUGAGGAAUUGGUCCAUCCGCAGAAGAAACAAGGCAAAAGCAAUCAUUUAUCUCACCAUAACAUGGCUCCUCACACUGGACUUUCUCCUGAGGCUGUGGCAGUAAUCAAGGAGAGAUGCUGGGACCUGGAGACCCGUGUAGGAAGGCCUUGCCCGAGUACAUUAUCACUGUUGCCGCUGAAGAUAUUCUUACUGAUUCUCCGGGCUCUGCAGCUCUUGACCCGGCUGGUAUUGUCUCUACAGCCAAUUCCUCUGAAGUCAGCAGCAGCAAAGGGAAAGAAACCUUCCAAGGAGAGACUGACUGCGGAUCUGGGAGGCUGCUCAGAAACUUCCAGCCAAGUUCUAGAAAACCACACCAAGCCAAAGACCAGCAAAGGAACCAAACAAGAGGAAACCUUUGCUAAGGGCACAUGUAAGCGAAGUGCCAAAGGGAAGAGGAACAAGGGAGGCAGAAAGAAACAGAGGAAGCCCUCCUCCAGCGAGGAAGACCAGGGCCCAGGAGACAAGCAGGAGAAGGCAACCCAGCGACGUCCGCAUGGCCGGGAGCGGCGGGUGGCCUCUAGGGUGUCUUAUAAAGAGGAGAGUGGGAGUGAUGAAGCUGGCAGUGGCUCUGAUUUUGAGCUCUCCAGUGGAGAAGCCUCUGAUCCCUCUGAUGAGGAUUCUGAACCUGGCCCUCCAAAGCAGAGGAAGGCCCUUGCUCCUCAGAGGACAAAGGCUGGGUCCAGGAGUGCCUCCAGGACCCAAUGUGGGAGCCAUCGUAAGGACCCAAGCUUGCCAGUGGCAUCCUCAAGCUCUUCGAGCAGUAAAAGAGGCAAGAAAAUGUCCAGCGAUGGUGAGAAGGCAGAAAAAAGGAGCAUAGCUGGUGUAGACCAGUGGCUAGAGGUGUUCUGUGAGCAGGAGGAAAAGUGGAUAUGUGUGGACUGUGUGCACGGCGUGGUGGGCCAGCCUCUGACCUGUUACAAGUACGCCACCAAGCCCAUGACCUAUGUGGUGGGCAUUGACAGUGACGGCUGGGUCCGAGAUGUCACACAGAGGUACGACCCAGCCUGGAUGACAGUGACCCGCAAGUGCCGAGUUGAUGCUGAGUGGUGGGCAGAGACCUUGAGACCAUACCAGAGCCCAUUUAUGGACAGGGAGAAGAAAGAAGACUUGGAGUUUCAGGCAAAACACAUGGACCAACCUUUGCCCACUGCCAUUGGCUUAUAUAAGAACCAUCCUCUGUAUGCCCUGAAGCGGCAUCUCCUGAAAUAUGAGGCCAUCUAUCCUGAGACAGCUGCCAUCCUUGGGUAUUGUCGUGGAGAAGCGGUCUACUCCAGGGAUUGUGUGCACACUCUGCAUUCCAGGGACACGUGGCUGAAGAAAGCAAGAGUGGUGAGGCUUGGAGAAGUACCCUACAAGAUGGUGAAAGGCUUUUCCAACCGUGCUCGGAAAGCCCGACUUGCUGAGCCCCAGCUGCGGGAGGAAAAUGACCUGGGCCUGUUUGGCUACUGGCAGACAGAGGAGUAUCAGCCCCCCGUGGCCGUGGACGGGAAGGUGCCCCGGAACGAGUUUGGGAAUGUGUACCUCUUCCUGCCCAGCAUGAUGCCUAUUGGCUGUGUCCAGCUGAACCUGCCCAAUCUACACCGUGUGGCCCGCAAGCUGGACAUCGACUGUGUCCAGGCCAUCACUGGCUUUGAUUUCCAUGGCGGCUACUCCCAUCCCGUGACUGAUGGAUACAUCGUCUGUGAGGAAUUCAGAGACGUGCUCCUGACUGCCUGGGAAAAUGAGCAGGCAAUCAUUGAAAAGAAGGAGAAGGAGAAAAGGGAGAAGCGGGCUCUAGGGAACUGGAAGCUGCUGGCCAAAGGUCUGCUCAUCAGGGAGAGGCUGAAGCGUCGCUACGGGCCCAAGAGUGAGGCAGCAGCUCCCCACACAGAUGCAGGAGGUGGACUCUCUUCUGAUGAAGAGGAGGGGACCAGCUCUCAAGCAGAAGCAGCCAGGAUACUGGCUGCCUCCUGGCCUCAAAACCGAGAAGAUGAAGAAAAGCAGAAGCUGAAGAGUGCGCCCAGGAAGACCAAAAGGGAAAAGAAGGCAGCAGCUUCCCACCUGUUCCCAUUUGAGAAGCUGUGAGCUGAGCACCCACUACGGGGGCGCCCACCACUUGCUGCUGCCCCGCUACAGGCCCCACACCUGCCCCAGGCAUGCCCAGCCCCCGGUGGUGGGGGCUUCUCACUGAGAAGGCAAACUGAGGCAGCAUGCACGAGGCAGGGCCAGGGGAGAGGAGACCAAGCUGAGGAGGUGCUGCAGGUCCCGCCUGGCCCCAGCCCUUGUCAGAUCCACCCAGGGUGAAGCCUUCAAAGCUUUUUGCUACCAAAGCCCACUCACUCUUUGAGCUACAGAACACUGUGGCGGGAGAUACUGUCCUUCCUCCUAGACCUGUUUUUUCCAUCUUUGGAAACAUCAGUUUUUGUAUGGAAGCCACUGGGAGAUUUCUGGAUGGUGGUGCAUCCAUGAACGUGCUGAUCCUUUCUUCCAGUUAGAGUCUUCAUCUGUCCGACAAGUUCACUCGCCUCGGUUGUGGACCUAGGACCCUUUAUCUGCAGGCCGCUUACCUUCCCCUGAGUCAGGCUUACUAAUGCUGCCCUUGCUGCCUCUUUGCAGUAAGGGAGAGAGCAGAGAAAUACAGGUCAUCUCAGAUUAUGGAAUUGCUGGGAUCUAGUUUUCCAAGUAACAUUUGCGGUGGCAGAAGCCUACAAAAGAGCUAAAAUCAGGAAAGAAAAGGAAAAAUACGAAUUGAAAAUUAAGGAAAUGUUAGUACAAUAGAUCAGUGUUAAACUAGAUUCUAUUCAUCACUAGAUAAAAUAUAAAGCUAUCUGUACUAAGGAGAAAUAACUUUUAUAACAUUUUGAGAAAAAAAUAAAGCAUUUAUCUAAA